AUGCAGUACAGCUUCUUCGCCGCCGUCUGCCUCGACUUGUUCUUCGUCUCCAUCAUUAUCCACAUCGCUGCCCAACUGCAGGUUCUUGGCCUCGAGAAAUUCUCCUAUAUUCCAACGACAAGUUCAGGUCGGAUUUUCCGAAGAGGAAAACCAGUGGGUGGAUUUGUGCACCUGCAUUCGGGACCAUCACGCUAUAAUAGAGCUAGUCAAGGAACUAGAAGGUUUGCUGAACAUUAUUAUACUGUUCCAGUUCUUGGGCGCUACAGUUGUUAUAUGCGUGACGUUGUUCCAGAGUUCAACGAAUACUGGCAAUGUAAUGACAUUAUUGAAACUCCAGGCGUACCUGAUGGUUAUUAUAUACGAAAUAUUCAUCUAUUGCUGGUACGCUGAUGACAUACUAUAUCAG